UGGAUAUUGCCUACUAGGCGCUAUUCCAAAUAAUUCUGUACAUUGGCUACUUGAGCAAUACCAAGCUGACAGUAAUAGUGAACCUAAUCAACUUGAUACAGUUCUUCAACAAUUAUUGUCACAAUGGAUCGUGGGACUAAACGUGCUAGAUAUAGUCCAGAAAAUGAGAAGAGUAGCGCUGUGUCGGAGAACCCUAAGAAAGAUGAUUCGUCAAAAAACCCUGACAAAUUCGCUAACAUAUUUGGCAAAACUGGUGGUGCGUAUAUUCCCCCUGGUCGACUUCGCCAAAUGCAAGCCCAGAUAACUGACAAAUCAUCUGAGGCCUAUCAACGAAUUGCUUGGGAAGCACUGAAAAAAUCCAUCCAUGGUUUUAUUAAUAAAGUGAAUGUAUCCAACUUAUCUGAAGUUGUCAAACAACUACUUAUGGAAAAUAUUGUUAGAGGUAGAGGUUUAUUCGUUAGAUCCCUUUUAACCGCACAAUCGGCGUCACCAACUUUCACCCAUGUUUUUUCGGCCCUUGUUGCUGUUGUCAAUUCGAAAUUUCCCAAGGUCGGAGAACUGGUUCUUAAACGAUUAAUCAAUGAAUUCCGUAAAGCAUUUCGACGUAAUCAGAAAGAUCGAUGUUUGUCUACUGCACGAUUUCUAGCUCAUUUGGUCAACCAAAAAGUUGUUCAUGAAUUAAUAAUCCUGGAAUUAUUGACGCUACUACUGGAGCAAACAACCGAUGACAGUGUAGAAGUGGCAGUAUCUGUCCUUAAAGAAUGUGGUGCUAUGCUUUCACGUCUUGUACCGAAAGGUGUCCAUGGAAUUUUCGAACAUCUUCGACGUAUCUUAAAUGAAGGUCAAUGCGAUAAACGUAUUUCUUAUAUGUUAGAAGUUAUGUUUCAGAUUCGUCGUGAUGGAUGGAAAGAUCAUCCGAUUGUCUUGCCAGAACUUGAUUUAAUUCAAGAAAGUGAUCAAAUCACUCAUACAACUUCACUUCUUGAUCAAGUAGAUCCAGAGGAACAUUUGAAUGUGUUUAAAUUCGAUCCAGAAUUCUUGGCAAAUGAAGCAAAGUAUGCUGAAAUCAGAGCAGCAUUAUUUGAAUCGAAUGAAGAUUCAGAAGCUGAGUCAGAUGGUGAAAAUGAAGGUGAAGAUUCAGACGAAUCAGGUAAUGAAGAUGAUGACGGUGAUGAAGAGGAUGAAGAACAUAAACGUAGUGCCGCUGCAACUGCAGAGAAUCAACAAACAAUUAUUGAUCAAACAGAAACAAAUCUAGUCCACCUACGUCGUACCAUCUACUUGAUGCUGCAAAGUAGUUUAAGUGCAGAUGAAGCUGGACAUCGUCUUCUGCAGUUGAAAAUUAAACCUGGAGAAGAGUAUGAAGUAGCUUCUAUGGUUUUAGAUUGUUGUGCUCAAACACGUAGUUAUGAAAGUCGUUAUGGUCGAUUAGCUCAAAGGCUUUGCCGAGUUGUCUUUCCAUCUAGUACCCCAUCCAGCACGGGAUCUACUACUGUUUCUGUAAGCUCCGACUUAGGUCCCGGUAGCCGAUAUCGAAGUAAUAAAGAGGUCAGUAAGCCUACAGCGAAAGAAGAAAUUCCUGCACCGGUUGUAGAAGAAUCAGGUCCACCCCGUAGUUAUGUUGCUCAGUUUGAAAAGAUUUUCUCUGAACAAUACUCAAUUAUUCAUAGAUUGGAAACUGCAAAAUUACGUAAUGUUGCUUUCUUGUUUGCCCAUCUUUUAUACUCUGAUUCUAUAUCAUGGGGUGUAUUUGAAUGUGUACGUUUGAAUGAACGUGAUACAACUUCUUCUGGACGUAUAUUUCUCAAGCACCUUUUUCUGGAACUUUGCUCAUUUAUGGGCUUGUCGAAGUUACAAGCAAGACUUCGUGAUGAAACACUUCAGCCAUUUUUUGCUGGUCUCCUACCACGUGAUAAUCCUAAAGAUACACGAUUUGCUAUUAAUUUUUUAACCACAAUUGGUUUAGGUGGUUUAACCUUGGACCUUCGUGAACAUUUACAAGCAUCACGUGAUUCAGCUCUGGCAAAAAAAGAAUCUGAAUCCAAGAAUAAACUAUCAUCAUCCGUCUUAGAUGAUAUAUCAAUUUCAUCUUCAUCGUCUUCUUCAAGUUCAUCUAGUGGUGAUAGUAGUAGUAGUAGUGAAUCAGAGUCGAGUUGUUCAAAUGAUGAAAAGCAUCGUAAAAAGAGGAAACAUUCUAAAGACAAGCAUAAAUUACAAAAGAAAUCACAUAGCAAUCGUCAUCAUGACGAACAUCACCAGCAACAUAAAUCUUAUAAACAUACUUCAUCGAAACACUCUGAAAUGCCAUCGGAUAGAAUUUCCAAACAUUCUGAUUCAACACAUAAAAAUGAUAAAAGGUCUCGUUUAAAAACUCGUCCUGUAGACACUCCAUUUUUCAAUGAUACACCCAAUUCGCCUGCCCAUUCACGUCAAAUAAAAAUGAGAGUAAAAUAGCUAUGCCUUUUAUUAAUGUUUUUUACAGUUCCUAUAUUUGUACAAAAAAAUUGUAUAAUUAUUUAUAAAGAUAUCUUUUUCAAUUGGUUCUAAUCAUUUUGUUGCAUCCAGCAAAAUCAGUCGUCACUUUUUUAAUAGAAUUUAUCUCCGAGAUCA